AUGUUAAAUAUCUUAGACCUGGGUUUCCUAAGCUUGGCCUUUAUGGUAGCCUUUACUGGCUUCUUGAUCAACCACUACGAGAAACACGUACCGGCAUUUAUAAUCAAAGGUUUUAAGUACGGAGCUUUCGCGUAUCAAGGGUCCGACGCUAAUUAUCUUCAAAUAAUUGAAGUGCCAAAGGCGCUUUAUAGACAUUUCUAUGCAUUUUCCUCUGUGUUCAGUGCCCUCACUCUGGCUUAUGCUGUGUUAGUUUAUUACUUUGAAUAUAGUGUUCAUAGAUACAUUGUUUUUAUGUUGAGUUUGAUACUGGAGCAGGACGAGCCUUCUGUAUCCGCUGCAGCAGUGUGUUUAGCAUUAUUAUUAGUCACUAUACAAUGUAUAAGACGGUGCUACGAGACAUACUUCCUCCAAGUUUUUGCAAAAGAUAGUAAAAUGAAUCUUAGCCAUUACAUAGCCGGGCUAGUUCAUUACUUUGCAGUGGUUGUAGCUACUGUCGGGCAGGGUCCACUGUUUUGUGGUAGCAAUGACAGAAGUAAAGUACUAUGGAUUGAUACAAGAACAAAGUUUUUGUCAUUACCAUGCAUUUUAGCAUUCCUAUGGGCAUUUUACGAGCAGUACAAAUCCAAUGUCAUUUUUGCUAAUCUAAGAAAGGAUAGAACUGGGAAAGUCAUAACUGAAUCGCACAAAAUCCCUCAUGGAAGACUUUUCGAGCGUGUUUCUAGUCCACAUCGGUUAUGCGAGAUUAUAAUUUAUACAGUAAUUAUACUUUUAGUGCCAACCAAAACUUACUUCUGCAUUUAUUUAUGGGUCCUCUGUAAUCAGAUUCAGACUGCAAUUCAUGCCCAUGUCUGGUACAAGAAUACCUUUAAAGAAUAUCCUUUGAAAAGAGAUGCUAUUUUCCCAGGGUUUUUAUAA